AUGGAGACAACGCUCCCAUUUCCCUUCCUUAUUAGUGUCCCAAGCACCGGCUUGGAGAACAUCGAGGGCCUUACGCGCGGAGAGCUCUCCGUUCUAGGAUGCCCCUUCAUCGAGGCCGAUUCUAACCUCAAAGACGAGACAUGGCGCUCUCUCCGCCGAAACAACGCCGAUUUCCACCCUCACUUCGAUGUGAGCAAGCUCGAAUCCAAGGAUGACAUCCUGAACCUGCUCGAUCGCGGAGCACGCAGAGUCUUCGUGCCGGUCGAGAAGUUUUCCGAGUACGAGAACGAGGAAUUCGUCGCUCGCGUAGCACCCGUCGUCACCACGCCGGAUUUGUCCGUCGCUAAGCCGCAAGGGCUGCUCAUUACCGGCUUCGACCCCGCGGCGCAAGAUCUCGAGAAGUUUACGGAGGAGUGCAAGGCGAAGAAGGUCAAGGACCUCUUUAUUAAGCCUGUCAAUGGAGUGGAUCUGGAGAAGUUCGUAGAGUUCGCCAAGAAGUGUUCUGCCGUCGCCAUUCUUCCUUCCAAUCGCCUGACUACUGACAAGGCCGACUCGUCCAAGCUUCUAUUGUCUAAGCUUAUCGCUUCCUAUUGGAAAUCUGAUCGCGCAGACGGCCUCAUCCCUACUGUGGUGUGCGAUGAGGGUGGCAUUGCCCUUGGCAUGGCUUACACGAGUGAGGACAGCAUUGGCGAGGCUAUACGGUCCCAGGCUGGCGUUUACCAAAGCCGGAAGAGAGGCCUAUGGGUCAAGGGUCUUACCUCUGGCGACACACAGGAGCUUCUAGGCAUUGGAUUGGACUGCGAUAAUGACACACUAAAGUUCACGGUGAAGCAGACUGGCCGAUUCUGCCAUCUUCCUCAGUCUGGAUGCUUUGGAAACCUAUCUGGGGUGUCCAAGCUAGAGAAGGUUUUGGAAUUGAGGAAGGAGUCCGCACCGGCUGGCUCCUACACGGCCCGCCUCUUCUCUGAUGAGAAGCUUUUGCGCGCUAAGAUCAUGGAGGAGGCUGAGGAGCUUUGCGAUGCCAAGACCGCGAGCGAGAUCGCUUUCGAGGCCGCUGAUUUAAUCUACUUUGCUCUCACGCGAGCCGUUGCCGCCGGAGUUUCGCUCUCUGAUAUCAACCGCAGUCUUGACGAGAAGAGCUGGAAGGUCAAGAGGAGAAAGGGGGAUGCGAAGGGCAAGUGGGCUGAAAAGGAGGGCAUUAAAACGGAAGGUACUUCUACUGCUGCUCCCGUGGCUGCCCCCGCCGCCGCCCCGGCCCCUACGCAAGAGCCCAAGAAUGACCGCAUCCUCAUGAAGAGGAUAGACGCUGCAAACUCCGCGGAGCUUACUCAAGCCUUGAAGAGGCCGUCUCAGAAGUCUAGUGAAACGAUUAUGAAGAUCAUUGUGCCCAUCAUUGAUGAGGUGAGGAAGGGAGGUGAUAAGGCGGUGUUGUCCUACACCCACAAGUUCGAGAAGGCAACUUCUCUGACUUCUCCUGUUUUGAGAGCACCUUUCCCUAAAGAACUUAUGGACAUACCCCCCGAGACUAUAGAGGCUAUCGACACUUCGUUUGAAAACAUCCGCAAGUUCCACGCCGCACAAAAGGAGGAAAAGCCCCUCAAGGUUGAAACCAUGCCCGGCGUGGUGUGCAGCCGAUUUUCUAGGCCAAUUGAGGCAGUAGGCCUUUACAUUCCAGGCGGCACAGCAGUUCUUCCCAGUACCGCCCUCAUGCUCGGUGUCCCCGCCAUGGUCGCCGGCUGCAAGAAGAUUGUAUUCGCUUCCCCCCCUCGAUCCGACGGUAGGAUCACGCCUGAAAUCGUCUACGUUGCCCACAAGGUCGGCGCCGAGAGUAUUGUCCUUGCCGGCGGUGCCCAGGCCGUCGCUGCCAUGGCCUACGGUACGGAGAGCGUGUCCAAGGUCGACAAGAUCCUCGGUCCUGGUAACCAGUUCGUCACGGCGGCCAAGAUGUUUGUUAGCAAUGACACCAAUGCUGGUGUGAGCAUCGACAUGCCUGCCGGUCCCUCUGAGGUUCUUGUCAUUGCUGACAAGGAUGCCGAACCCGCGUUUGUGGCGUCCGAUCUGCUUUCCCAGGCCGAGCACGGCGUCGACAGCCAGGUUAUCCUCAUUGGUGUUGAUCUAAGUGAGGAGAAGCUCAAGGCGAUCGAAGACGAGGUUCACAACCAAGCCGUGGCACUCCCCAGGGUGGAUAUUGUCCGCGGUUCCAUCGCCCACUCGAUCACCAUUUCCGUCAAGGAUGUUGAUGAGGCCAUGCGCAUCAGCAACGAGUAUGCUCCUGAGCAUCUCAUCCUCCACCUCAACGACCCAGAGGCCGUAGUUGAGAAGGUUACGAAUGCUGGUAGCGUUUUCAUUGGCCAGUGGACUCCCGAGAGCGUGGGCGAUUACUCUGCCGGUGUCAACCACUCCCUGCCAACCUACGGCUACGCGAAGCAAUACUCGGGCGUCAACCUCGCUUCCUUCGUCAAGCACAUCACGAGCUCUAACCUCACGGCCGAGGGUCUCAAGAACGUCGGUACAGCCGUCAUGCGCCUUGCCGCUGUUGAGGAGCUGGAGGCCCAUCGCCGCGCUGUUAGCAUCCGACUUGAGCAUAUGGCUAAGAAGGCCCAGGCGUAA